AUGAGACACACACGCUGCCUGUACUCACCCGCGCGGGCCCUGCGCCGCGUCUUCCUCCCCGACCUCAGCAGUGGUAGCAACGGCCUCCUAUCAAGCACCUCCCUCACAAAACCAAUACCACGCCUCCCAUACCUCAAACCGACCGCAGGAAUACCAUCAGCAACCACACCACUCCGCACCCUAGCCACCACACCCGCCCUCCGCCGCAUCGAGCGCAAAAAACACCUAACCAACGACGAGAUCCCCUACCGCUGGAUCCGCAUCGCCUCCGCGCCAUCACCCGACUCGCCCUCGUCCGGAAACAGCGACCUCUCGCCCCCUCAGCGCACGGAGUCCGUGCUCAGCACACUAAACCGCAAAACGCACAUGUUAAUCAUGGUCGCGCCGCCGCCUCCGCCGCCCCUCUCCGACCCCUCAGAUCCAGACUCGCCCCCCUUAAUCUCGGGGCCCAGCGCGGCCAUCUGCCGCAUCAUCGACAAAGUCGCCGCGGCGGCCGAAGCCUCGGCAGCCGCCAAGACGGCGCGCCGCAAGGCCGUCAACAAGAAGGAGCUCGAGCUCAACUGGGCCAUCGCGCCCAACGACCUCGAGCACAAGCUGCGCCGGCUGCGCGAGUUCUUGGACAAGGGCAUGCACGUCGAGCUGAUGCUGGCGCGGAAGCGGCGCGGGCGCCCGGCUACUGCCGCCGAGAGCGCGGAGGUGCUGCGGCGGAUCCGGGAGGCGGUCGAGGAGGUGCCCGGCGCGAAGGAGGUGCGCAAGAUGGAUGGGACGGUGGGGGGCGUGGUGCGUAUGUUUUUUGAGGGGCUUGCUCUUGGGUCUAAGGAGAAGAAGAAGGCUGUUGAGGAGGCGGCGCGGGCUGAGGAGGCGGCGUGGGCUAGGGAGGAGGCGGCGCGGGCUAAGGAGGUUGAGGAGGCGGCGCGGGCUAAGGAGGUCGGGGAGGAAGAUAACGGGGGAGUAGUCGAGGUCGCGGAGGAAGAGGAGGAGAUUAGCCAGGCUGGGGAGAAAGGGGAGGAAGCGGAGGAAGGGAGUGUGGUUAGGGAAGCGGAUGAGAAAGGGGAGAGAUAA